AUGAUUUCCAUCAUAUUCGGCCAUAUUUGCACAUCAUCGUCUCUUCUGCCAACCACAGUUCCUCUCUUCAACGAAAGACCUUUUGUGCUCUUAUGGAACGCACCCAUUUCCAAAUGCCAACAGUUAAAAGUCCCUCUCGAUUUAUCACUGUUCCAAGCAGUCACCACACCUGCAAGAGUAAGAAAUCAGUCCCUGACCCUGUUCUACAAAAACCGCAUCGGGCUUUUUCCCUAUAUAGACCUUCAGCCCUCUAAAGAGUAUAAUGGUGGCAUACCUCAAAGAGGCAAUUUGUCGGCUAGCCUAGACAAAGCUAAAGAAGAAUUCACCCAGUACAUUUCCGAUUCAUCUUCUGGCCUCGCUGUCAUGGACUGGGAGGAGUGGCUUCCGAUGUAUGACCGAAAUUUUGACAUAAAAGAGAUCUACAAGGACCUGUCCAUCAACUACACCCUCAAGCAUAACAGUUCUCUCAACACUCAACAGGCCGGCAGCAAAGCAAAACAACAAUUCCAGGAGGCGGCCAGGGGUUAUAUGGAGGAAACUCUAACGUUGGGGGUUGCGCUUAGACCUCAGUACCUGUGGGGCUACUACUUGUUUCCAGAUUGCUAUAACUAUGACUUUGAGGAUGAAAACUAUACAGGUGUUUGUUCGGAGCACACAAAACAAUUGAACAACGAACUUUUCUGGCUGUGGGAGACCAGUACGGCCCUAUACCCUUCAGCAUACCUGCCGACCUCUACGAGUGGAAGCAAAAAAGCUGCACUGUUUGUCCGGCACCAAGUACAAGAGGCAGUGAGAGUGGCAGGAUUGUCAAAACAUCCUUACGCUGCACCUGUUUAUGUCUACCUGCGCCCUCUUUUACGGGACCAGAGGGAGCUUUACAUGAAUGAGAUUGACCUGGUCAGCAGUAUAGGUGAGAGUGCAGCUCUGGGGGCCGCUGGAUCAGUGCUGUGGGGGGCGAGUGCUGAUUUUACUAACAAGGCCUCAUGUGAAGCCUUAUCUGCAUACCUGUCUGAUACAUUAAAUCCCUACAUAGCGAACGUUACCACCGCGGCUCAUUUCUGCAGCAAAGGUCUCUGUCAUGGCAACGGACGCUGUGUCCGCAAAAACUCUGACUCGGAUGACUACCUUCACCUCAGUCCAGAAAGACACCAAAUCAGAAGGAAUGCUGGGAAAUAUAUGGUUAUGGGAACACCAUCACUGGAUGACCUCACUUACUGGGCAGACAAGUUCACUUGUCAGUGCUAUGAAGACAGGAAGUGCUCUGUUAAAAUCACACCGUAG